GCGCCGCUGCUGUCACAACAACACCUUCGCCAUUUCCCGACGCGGCGGCGGCGGCGCUGAAGAAGUAGGUCAACCGGAGCCGAGCUGCGGCCGUUCCUUCACGGAUUAAAACACCGUCUCUAACCUCUCUUUUCUCCAUCGACCACCGGCUGCGUACCGGUGCGUGUUGUCUGGUCGGUGCGAAUGAGCUUUCCCAGCGUGCGCCCGGGCUGAAGACGCGUCCACGUCCCGCCAGGUGUCGGAUCUUUUCCCAGCUAACAGCGACAGCAGCUGUGUGUAAACAACAAGGAUGAAGCGAAUGAAAGGAGCCGAGGAGGACAGCGACAGCUCCCCGAGCAAGAGCCCGCCAGAGGAGCGCAAGAAGGUUCGGAAGCAGGUGGACGAGGAUCCAGAGGCCGCGGCGGUGGCCAGUGAGUCGCCGGACUCUGAGUGGGCCCGACUGCCCCAGGAGCUCCUGCUCCACGUCUUCCAGUACCUCCCGCUGCUGGACCGGGCUUUCGCCUCGCAGGUGUGUCGCCGGUGGAACCAGGCCUUCCACAUGCCGGAGCUGUGGAGAUGCUUUGAGUUUGAGCUCAACCAGCCUGCAAGCUCCUACCUGAAGGCCACACAUCCAGACCUCAUCAAGCAGAUCAUAAAGAGGCACUCCAACCACCUGCAGUACGUGAGCUUCAAGGUGGACAGUAGUACGGAGUCUGCAGAGGCUGCGUGUGACAUUCUUUCACAGUUGGUCAAUUGCUCACUGAAGACCUUGGGGCUUAUCUCUACCGCCAGGCCAAGCUUCAUGGAAGUUCCAAAGUCUCACUUCAUCUCGGCUCUGACCGUGGUGUUCGUCAACUCCAAGUCGUUGUCUUCGCUGAAGAUCGACGACACGCCGGUUGACGAUCCGUCUCUCAAGGUGCUGGUGGCCAACAACAGUGACACCCUGAAGCUGCUGAAGAUGAGCAGCUGCCCUCACGUCUCUCCAGCAGGAAUUCUGUGUGUGGCGGACCAGUGUCACGGGCUGAGAGAGCUGGCGCUGAACUACCACCUCCUGAGUGACGAACUGCUGCUGGCACUCUCCUCGGAGAAACACGUCCACCUGGAACACUUGCGCAUCGACGUGGUGAGCGAUAACCCUGGGCAGCACUUCCACACCAUCAAGAAGAGCAGCUGGGACGCCAUGGUGCGGCACUCGCCCAAAUUCAACUUGGUCAUGUACUUCUUUCUCUACGAAGACGAGUUCAGCCCCUUCUUCAACGAGGAGGUCCCCGUCACGCACCUCUACUUCGGCCGCUCCGUCAGCAAGGAGGUCCUGGGCCGCGUCGGCCUCCACUGCCCCCGCCUGGUGGAGCUGGUGGUGUGCGCCAACGGCCUCCGUCCGCUGGACGAGGAGCUGAUCCGCAUCGCGAAGCACUGCACCCAGCUGUCGGCCAUCGGCCUGGGCGAGUGCGAGGUGUCCUGCAGCGCGUUCGUGGAGUUCGUGAAGAUGUGCGGCCGGAGGCUGUCCCAGCUCUCCAUCAUGGAGGAGGUGCUGAUCCCCGAUCACCAGUACUCGCUGGAUGAGAUUCACUGGGAGGUUUCGAAGCACCUCGGUCGCGUGUGGUUCCCGGACAUGAUGCCGACCUGGUAAAGCGAAACCCAGAGAGGAGUUUAGCAAGUGAAAAGUAUGUGGCGUAGAACACACGGCCUCCAUGUUGGAGCCCCUCCAGCUGUAGUGGAACAUUUGGUGCCCACAUGGAGAGCAUGAACCUUGCUGAGGCCCUGUGUAGAGUGUGGCGCGCAGGGUGUAAUGUGGCAGCCGACUGCUACACAUCGUCAUGUAGUGCAAAAAAUAUCUCUGCUUGUUAGCUCCAGUACGGACUGUGCAAUCCUGCUUUUUCUAAUUCAGAGUCAGAACUCAACAGGCUGACUUCUUGGAAGUAUAAUACAAAAAAAAGAGGAAACUAUUUUUAGGACUGCAAACUGAUUUCUGUGGACAUUGUAGUUGGUCAUAAAAAUCUUUAUUAUGAGAGUUGUCUUAGAGUUUUAAUGUUUGUUUUUUUGUGGAGUAACUUGGAGGACAACUACGUAGGUAUACAGACACUCGCAUGGUGUUACACUACCACUUGGCCUACUGACUUAGAGUAAAUCCAUUCUGAGAUAGAAACUCUGUAUCACAAUAUGGCUGUGGAGGUUUUCAGACAAGGCUGCAAUGUUAUUUGUAGACGGGGUUUGUGUCUAAUGGGCGUUGAGGGUGGUUUCACUUAACUUUGCAGAAAAGCGACCGGGUCCUUUUGCCUCAUUUCAAACUUAUUUAAAACACGAACAGCAGUUGUAGUUGUUUGACAACGCGGUUGUGAGAUAGGGUCAGGAGUCGGCCUGGAGAGAAACAGAGACUUGUACAUAUAGCUCCCUAUAUUUGUGAUGUGAAGGUGUACAGUGUUAAAUGAUGUCCUGGAUUUUUAUCUUCUCAGAGUUAUACAGAUAUUUUUUUUCCCCCUCCAGCAUUGUACGUCAACUGGCUCGCGUAAUGAAUUUUUCUGUUUGUGUACAGUCAUAUUUCCUAAGCACCUUAUACGUGAAUACCAAAUAAUCAUCAGGUCCGUCUACCCUGAUGAAAGCAAUGCUAUGACCUUUAUAAUGCUCCAAUUUCUCUAAGGUGGAACCAGAUUUUAAAGCUAAUUAUUUACGCUGUAUUGGGCUCUUCAGUCACAACAGUACAAGAACGGUAUAUUUAAGUGAUGACGCUGUAAUUAUUGAUAAAAGAAGCUAUGUAAAUACAGACCUGUCGACUCGGAUCGCUUUGUAAUCGUUCGACAACCAGACGAGUCGCUGCAGCCGUUAGCUAACGACGCAAAACAAAACGCUUUGCAUCUCUCGGGUGCAUUCAAUAGAUAUAUUUCUUUACGUAUAGGUUUCAUUUAUAUCUUCUGCUAUUUGCCUGUUGAAGCUCCAAAACCAGUUGUGAAUGUCUGACCUCCGAUCAGCCAGGUUUGCUCUGUAUCAUUGUGAUCACAGUGUACACACAGCAGAGGAAGCGGUAUUCGUCUUUACCAUCUUUCAUUCGCGCUCCUGUCCCCAAACAUCCAUCCAUUUCAGUCACAAAGAGAUUUGACAAGUAAAACAUACCUUUUAUUUUAUUUUUCCUUUAGAAGGAAGUCAAAGGCAUCUGUAUAAAAAAAAAACGGAGUGUGUAUGAAUUGAAAUGUACGUAUUUCUCUAUUUCACCCUCUGUCGGGGCUUGAAGUUUCCUCAACAGCUUGUGUGCUUGUGUGCAGGUUAUACUUUACUAGAUGGCUCUCUUUCAUACUGUAGUCACUCAAGAACAUCGGCUGUGUAAUUUAUUGAUAGGGAUGCUGCUCUUGUUAAAAAUGAAUUUGUUUUUCAGUUAUACAAAAAAAGCUAUCAUUAUAACCAAGCAGACCUGCAGCAUUAUUGUUGACCGUUUCCACCUCUGUCUCUGUGGUUCACAAGUUCUGACUCCACUACUACUCAUUUUCUAAAUCAUUUAUCAAUAAAGUGAUGAGAUUUUAACAAGGACGUACCACACAAAUUGAACACUCUUAAUGCAGUGGAAGGCCAUCAUAAUUAUAUUAAACUUACAUUUCCACCAGAACAGUUGCACUAAAGACACAAUGAAAUUGUACUACUACCCCUGCUCUAAUUUCUGGUAAAGAAAAUCUCAAAACAAUUUUAAAAAACGUGAAACAUCCAAAGACUUAACUUGAAAAGAGCUGGAUUAUCAUUAAGAUUGUAAAUAAAUGUAGAUUGCAAAGAUUACAAUCAAACCUUUUGACUCACGACAACACACGUUAUGAAGAGUUCCGUAACUGAGUUGAAGAGGUACCAUUUGUAAAAUGUAUUUUUUAUAGAAAGAUAUCAGUAGUGGACAGACUUUUGGACGUCACUGUACGUCACUAGGUUAUACGUAAAAACUCAUAUUGCUUUAUUGCCAGACUUCGUUCCUUUAACAGUCAUUUUCCUGUAGACAUUUGAUGAAGCCAAACAGUCACACAAACUAAAAGUGAGACGUCUAACUGCAGAUUUCAUCAAACCAACAUUCUAGUGACAGUAUCAUUCUCUGGUCCCUGAAGCAGGUAUGUGCUCAUGUUCACUAGCAUCUUGAUGGUACAGUAACAUCUCCUGAUUAUUUGUCAUAAUCUGUGCAGUGCAUUAAACAGUGACCGCAGCUCCAAACUGAAGGCUUGUGUCUCAACUUGCUCCUCGUGUGAAUCAUUUUCCUGUCGUCUUUAUUGGCUUUUAUCGGAAAAUUCAUGAAUGAGUUGAACAUGUUUUUGCAUCGUUGCAGAUCAAGGUGGAUGCUUUCAUCAUAAUUACGUGUCUUGACAGUGAUUGUUAUGUUAGUGUCCUUCAGUAAGUUUUAUUUGGAAUAAACUGGUGUUGGCAAAUGCUGUCGCUUUUAGUUUUGCUUCUGUAGGGCGAAAAUGCUUUUGUCUACUUUGCUUUACUGGUCACCUGUCUUGAAAUUAAAAAUGUUUUGGAUAUGUGAUCUUAUACCAGUAAUAAAAAAAAAUUCUGAAUGUA